GUUAAGUACACCUGCCAUCCGGGCUACAUCCUGAAUGGCAAUGCACAAAUUCAGAUAGUUGAAAGAACGUGCCAGUCAGACGGAAAAUGGAGUGGCCAUGAACCAACUUGUGAAGCAAUUUCAUGUCCAACACUCUCUCUCAAUUACAACAUGGCAUUCUAUUCCAAAGCAAAAAGGAUGCCCUUGCAAAAAACUAUGGAAGUAUUGUUAAGUACAUCUGCGAUACGGGCUAUAUCCUGAAUGGCAAUGCGCAAAUUCUGAUAGUUGAAAGAACGUGCCAGUCAGACGGAAAAUGGAGUGGCCAUGAACCAACUUGUGAAGCAAUCGUAUGUCCAACACUGUCUCGAAUACAAAUUGGCAGGCUACUCCGAGACACAAGUAAUGGCUUUGCAAAUAACUAUGAAACUGAAAAUGAGUACACCUGCGAUAAGGGUAUGUGUGUUAAACAAGUUAAAAGAGAAAUUGUAAGGUUAGCAAAGAGUGGAAGCCGUCCUGCGAUUGAAUUGCAACGCUACGCAUGCAACUUUGGAAACUAUGCUGUACGCGUUAGAAUAAAAGAGGUUACAUAUAAUGACAAAACACAAAUGACUGCAAUCGGCAUUGUGAUGGCCAGUUUGAUUCAAGGAAUAGAGGAUCUUCAAAAAGAAGACGAAAUGUUUUUUCACUCGAAUAUCUCAUGUCGAUUCCAAGAAUUGGAACAAGGAAAAACCUAUAUAAUUACAGGCUACGAUGGCAACAAGUUUCGCGAUGAUGAAGGUCAUGUUAGGAUCGUGUAUCCUAUAAUGGGAACAACAUUAGUCAUGGAGUAUAUAAGCCCCCAGCAGUAUAGGGUUGAUAGAAGAAAUUAUGAUAUACUUUAUAAGGUCCAAUCUAAUUUCGAACACAUAAUGUCUAGUGGUUGUCCAAACAAGUAAUAAUUGGUGUCGAAUGUUUCAUGUAAACUCAAGGGUUUUCGACCAAAAUCAUAAAAGAAAGACAAAUAUGUGUUGUUUUCUGUGUGUGCGUGUGCGCACGUGUGCGUGUUUUAUUGUUAAAUACAUAUAUAUACAUUUUAUAGUGCAAAUGAAUGAGAAAUAUAUUGAAACUAAGUGAUCCCUCUGUAGUAUCAUCGUACAUGAUGAACUUGAGCUGACCUAUGUAUUAUGCUUGUUUGCGCAUGCUCCAUAUUUUCUAGUAAAUCUAAGAUCACAUGUUAAGGGUUUACAGAAUAAAUUUAUAUCUUGUGCUGAA